GGCACGCAGCAAACAGUACAGACUAAAAAAAAUCCCUAAAGUAAUUUGAGCAAUUAACGUUAUGCUAUUACGUUCUCUGUAAAUGCUUUCUGCAGUUUCACUCUCGGUCCAGUCCUAAAUCCCAUGUAUACUUGUAGCGCUUCUGUUUGCAGAAUCCUUUCUCCGGACAGCCCACACACCCUCAUUACCCUAGCACCACCUCCAGGGACUUUCCGUAUCCUGAGAUAAAGCAGGAAGGCUGGUAGUAAAGCACAGAACUGCAUGGUCGGUGCAUACAAACUCAGCAGCAUCGAUGAAAGGAAGUGGAAGUACAGUAGUAGUAUCGACUGUAGGCGAGACACUCCCUGCAAGCUGGAUGGGAUGGGAUGGGAGGGGAGCAGUGGACACAUGGAAAGAGUGGGAGCUGAUGCCUAUUUAUUGUCCGACCAGAGAAGCAAGCAACAUGCUGUACUGUAUAUGCCUAGGCUUUGGGUCCUGAGCUGAAGCAGCAGCUGAGCAGGGACAAUGGAAGCUAGAGUUGAGAUGUUGCAGGAAGAAGAUCGCGUUACUCAUUGCGACAGAAGCUCUCACCGUGCGCAGGACAGGAGCAUUAGGAGGCUGCAGUGGGCUGUCGCAGGCUGUGUGCUCUGCAUGUGCGCUGUCGUGUUUCUGACAGCGUACCAGAUGUUUGGAGGUCUUAUUUCUUACAGGAAAGACAAGGUCCAAAGUGAACCUUCCAAAAGAGUGGGGACAGGCCAUUAUAAUUUUACCAGAAAACCCAGUGCUCAUCUGACAGGUACAAAACAGAGUGGCUCAAAUGUUCUACAAUGGGAAGCCCAACUUGGACUGGCAUUUACCAGAGACGGAAUGCAGUAUGUGAACAAUUCUAUACAGAUCCCAAUGAAUGGGUAUUAUUUUGUCUACUCCAAAGUGUCCUUUUCUGGAUGCAGUAAACAGAAAUCUACAACACAGAAUAUCUUAAAGUCAAAUAACGACUAUCCAGCACCUGAUGUUCUACUAAGUGGAAUAUCAUAUUGUGUUAAGGAACAUGGGCAAUUUUAUCCAAUCUAUCUCGGUGCCCUUUUUGAGCUAAAGAUAGGUGAUAAAUUGAUGGUAAAUGUGAGUAAUAUCAAACUAGUUGAACCAGCUGAAUACAAGACUUUCUUUGGCGUGUUCUUGAUGUAUGAUAGCUAUGGAUUACAGCUGUGAAUGGACAAUGUUGCUAUUAGCUAUACUGUAUUUCCAAAGAUUAUUAAUGUUAAUUUAUAGAUGAUAUAUCUUAAAAUAUAAACCAAAAUUAGUAGAUUCAACAUUCCUAAGCUUUGUGUUUAUAAUUCUUCAGAAAUGAGCAAAUUGUACAUCAUGCUUCAAACUGGCUUAAUACGAUCCUUAAUAUCAUGCAUUGCAUUAUCAAUUCAAUUUCCUGUGUGGCAAACUUCCAUGAACUAACAUAAACUGAUGUUGAAAGAGUAAUGCUUUAACACAUUGUAUUGUCAACGGUUAAGGUUUGCUGCCGUGCAGCAGUAACUAGGGGUCUAUUUACUAAGCCUUGGACGGCGAUAAAGUAGACUUAUAUAAAGUACCAGCCAACCAGCUCCUGUUAUUUUUUAAAACACGGCCUGUGACACGGCAGUUAGGAGCUGAUUGGCGUGGACUCUGUCCACUUUAUCUCUGUCCAAGGCUUAGUAAAUAGACCCCUUAUUAAACGUAUACUGUUGUAUACCUCACAUUUCACAAUUUGAAAUUCAGCACACUUAUGGCUUCCCACCUAACUACACUCCCAAGCAUUAGUUGAAUAUCUUCUUUCUCCCUUCUUUUCUGUAAUAUACAUGGAGAGAGAUAAAGUACUAACCAAUCAGCUUUUAACUGUCAUUUUACAGGCUGUGUUUGGAAAAAUGGAAUUUAGGAACUGAUUUGUACUUUAUCUCUCUCCACUUUAUCUCCCAGCUUUGAUAAAUCGCCCCACAUAAUGAUUUAAAUGGAUGGGUCACUGACACAAUACCGCAGGGAAAGGAAUUCAUAAUUGUAUACUGUAACUGUUUUUUGGUCUGGUACUGAUGUGUUGCAUGUUGACCCUAUAAAUAUUGUGUCACUGUAAGAAGAGACCCCAGCUGUGCUCUUCAGAAAGUAGAGCAAGGGCUUCGGCAGGGAGACCUGUCAUUGCCAGGCCCUUCACCAUAGGGCCCAGUAGCAGCUAAACAACAUGCAGUGGCAGCAAAUCUAUAACUGGCAGAAAUAAAGGAAUAGACUGUGAGCUGGAAGAUGGAAGGAGAAGGGUUUCCCUACAGCAAACUGAGCUAACUUGUUUGGGGUAUGAAGGAUUUUGGGGUCUAUUUACUAAGCCUUGGAUGGAGAUAAAGUUGCUGGAGAUAAAGUACCAGCCAGUCAGCUCCUAACUGCGAUGCCACAGGCUGUGUUUGAAAAAUGAAAGUUAGGAGCCGAUUGGCUGUUACUUACCUCCAGCGACUUUAUCUCCAUCCAAGGCUUAGUAAAUAGACCCUUUACUUUGGUCUGUGGCGCAAAUGAUGGCGCAUCCUUCCAAUUUCUAAUUGCUAAAGUUUCUCUGCACUAGUUGUUAGAUGCUCUGUUUUUAGUGUUUCAACAGAAUUGCAUAAGAUAGACAAAACAAGGAGUCUAUUCAUGAAGCAGUGAUAAGAGUGGAGAAGUAGACCAGUGGAUAUGUUGCCCAUGGCAACCAAUCAGCUGCUACGUAUAAUUUUGUAGAAUGCACUUGAUAAAUGUUACUUCAAAGCUGAUUGGUUGCCAUGAGAAACUUCUCUACUGGCUCGCUUAUCCACUCUUUCACUGCUUCAUAAAUAGACCCCCAAGUCUCCACAUGGGCUUUCUCUGGGUUACUGCAUGAUACUUGCAGAAUUUUUGCCAUAAACAUGACAUGGAAUGGGAUGCAGUUACAUUGCCGGCAGUCGGUAUCUCUGCGUUUAGGAUACAGGCGCUGGAAUCCCAACUGCUGACAAUGCUGCCAGCCGGAAUCCCGGCUCACAGGGGCUAUUCCCAGUCAUGGGUGUCCACGACAUCCAUAGAGUGGGAAUAGAACCCCUGGCGAGCACAGCAUGGCGAGCUCAAUGAGGACUCUUUGAGCUCGCCACGCUGCCGGUAUACUGACGGCCAGGAUGCUGCUGUCUGUAUACUGACUGCCGGCAUCCCGACUGUCGGUAAUACAUACUGAUCCCCCUGGAAUGUCUGAUAGAAUCACAUUUCCUGAAGGUCAGAGACAACUAUUAACUUGGCAAGACUGUAUAUAGAUGUUAGAAUCAAUCGUUUUGAGAAAACAGUAUAUUUACACAAAAUAAGUAAAUAAUUUACUAUACAGUUACCAGUAACUGAAAAGAAAUAGUUUAUAAGAAAACAUUACUGUAACAUUCUUGGUAUGUGAAUUUCACCAGGAAAAGACCAGACAUAAAUCAUUAAGUAACCGUUAGGAAAAUCUCAUUCAUGCAGUUCUACGACGACUUGGGGCCAAAUAUAUCUCAUGAGCACAGGAAAUUGGAACGUAACGUUCCCUUUUCCUUUCAAGAAUAUCCUCUUAGGCAAGAACAGGAACUAUAAAAUGAAUCUCUUGUCUCCGGCGUCACCAUGAAAAUUAUUUUGUCAUUAGAAUAAAAAUACAUUUACAUAGUAACAUAGUAUCUAAGGUUGAAAAAAGACAAUUGUCCAUCGAGUUCAACCUAUUUGUGGUCUCCUAUGCACGAUUAUUUUGUAGAAAAUUUUGACUGAAGUUGAUGACUGCCGUUACGUUGUACCCCUCUUUUUUAUAAUAACCAUAGUACGUGACUAUGCCCCGUAACCCUGGAUAUCCUUAUCCAUUAGGAAUUUAUCUAACCCAUUCUUAAAGGUGUUGACUGAGUCUGUCAUUACAACUCCCUCAGGCAGGGAAUUCCAAACACGUAUCGUCCUUACUGUAAAAAAGCCUUUACGCCGUAUUGUGCGGAAUCUCCUCUCCUCUAACCUGAGCGAGUGUCCACAAGUUCUCUGUGUUGAUCUAACCAAAAACAGGUCCUGCGCAAGAUCUGUAUAAUGUCCCCUUAUAUAUUUGUAAAUGUUGAUCAUGUCCCCUCUUAAUCUCCUCUUUCUCUAACGUCCCAGUGGAUGCUGGGGACUCCGUAAGGACCAUGGGGAAUAG